CAAUCUCGUUGUUUUUAGGCACAGUAUAUAAUGAAUGUGAUACGCAAUAACUUAAUGCCUUUCUUACAUUGGCGAUGCAUCCUUCCCGGCUUUAGGCUUCUCGGCUUUACGGCCGGAGAUAAAUUAAGCAGGCCCCAAACACAGAGCUGCUUAGAAAGCAGUCCGGGGCCGUUUGCGUAUAGACGGAGAUAAGGUCUCCACACGGAAAUAGCGAUGUAUAAUCUCCAAACUUGCGAAACUGAGGCGACAAACAUGCCCAUCAUUACAUCAAUCCAAAAGGUUAUAAAGAUGGAGUAUCCUUGUCGACUAACUUGACAAGCCAAUAGACUCUUCUAUAUCCAGAUCUCCUAACAAGACCAACCCCGAACCCAUAUCUACCGACAAGUCGUCUAUACAAACCAGCAUGAGCACCCACAUCUCCACCAACAAACUCGCCAAUACCCGUGUCCUCAUUGUAGGAGGUACAUCCGGCAUCGGCUUCGCCGUGGCCCGGGUUGCCCUCGAGCACGGCGCCUCCAUCAUCGUUGCCAGCUCCAAACCCGACAAAGUCAACUCCGCCAUCGCCCGUCUGAAGGCCUUCUACCCAGACGAGGAGCACAAAAACCGCAUCGCCGGCACCGUUUGCAACCUAGCUGAUCGCGCAACUCUCGAAGCCAACGUAGUAAACCUCUACAAUUUCGCCACAGCCCCAGAUACAUUCCCGAACACAGAGGGAACCCAGACCACUGACGGCAAGGUUCUCCUUGACCAUGUGGUCAUGACAGCCGGUGAUGCUCUCGGCCUUCGUAAACCCACCGACCCAACCUUUGACGUCUCCUACAUUGAGUCCUCGGGCACCGUCCGCUUCAUCGGCUCACUGAUCCUCGCCAAGCAUGCCCCGACCUACAUGCGUCAGGCGCCAUCUUCGUCGAUGACCUUCACCAGCGGCGCGUUGACCACUCGGCCAGCACCGGGAUGGACGCUUAUGGCCGCUAGCGGCUCUGCUAUUGAGGGUAUGGCGCGCGGAUUGGCGGUUGACCUGGCGCCUAUUCGGGUGAACAUGGUUUCGCCGGGGCCAGUGUUGACGGAGAUAUUUGGGACGCUGGAGACGGAUAACCUGGAGAAGCUGAUUGAGACGUUCCGGAGCAAGACACUUACCGGGGAGAUUGGGAAGCCGGAGGAUGUGGCUGAGGCGUAUCUUUAUGCUAUGAAGGAUCGAUUUUUGACGGGGGGGUUCAUUGGGAGCAAUGGGGGGAUGCUGUUGAAGUGAUCUGAGUUUUCUUUUCUUUUCUUCUUCUUUUGGUUGUUUAUGAAUAGUGACCUAUAUCGUACAUAUUGACUUUGUAUUGAUGAGUUUGGGAAUAUGAAUGAGAUGCAUAUGUACAAAGCGAUGUUUAUCAACAAGAAUGAACAUCUUGAGUUUUGAUUUACUAUACGAGCAGUGAUUCGGGGCGACCACUUCCCCAUGGGGUGUGUUAUCUCCACCGCACUUGUCCAAAAGAAACUGGGCGCCAUCAGUGAUAGUAGCAU